GCCUCUUGUUUGAACUUGUUUCUUUGCGAACCACCAAACUGAACUUUUUAGAUUUGUUGUAGGAGUUCAGUUUUAUUCUGAAACUGCUGCACUGCGUGAUUUUGAUUUAUUGUGUUUUUGAGGAAGGAACCGCGUGCAGUACUCCACGAGAUCCUUGGCGAUCUCAAAAAAUUAACUUUUAGAUGAAGAGCCCUGUCAGCGACAACACUGGACUACUAGCUUGACUUUCGGCGCCUUGAGUAGUCCACCCAGAACUUUACCAGAGCAGAACCACAAAUCUGUUUUGCCGUGCCGAGACCGAUUUCGAGGUUUUCAUUAAUCUGAAAAAAAUUGAUAAAUUGUACAGUAACACCCAAAAACCUCCAGAACUAUGACGGUCAAGGGCCUUUGGCCACUUCUGAACGACCACGACGUUGUCCGGCCCGUGAAGGGGGGGCAGCGGCUUUCCGAGCUCUUGGAGGACCAAAUUCUGAUUGUCGACCUCGCCCGCUGGAUUGUGGAGGCAAUCUUCAUAUUCCACAACCAGCCAAACCUCGGCGGUGGAAAUACGAUCGCUAACGCAGCAAGUAGUGUGACUGCUGUUGCAGAAAGUGCCCGCGUUGCGAGCGAAAGUUUUGCGGAACAGCAGCGCCAGUGGGGCAGUAACGCGCAAGACAAGUUCGUCAUCUUGACCAUUUUUCGCAAACUUUGCCGCCUCGUUACGCUGGGCGUCAAGUGCGUCAUCGGCGUUCUUGACAGCAGAGAGGUCCCCCGGGGAAAAAAAUCGGACCCUUCGCGGGUCCGCAGGCGAUUCAGCGAGGACCUGUACAGCGAUAUCGUUGCGCUGUUCCGGGCGUUCGGCCAGGAUGUUUUGGAAGCUCCUGGGGAGGCAGAGGCACUGUGUGCCGCGUUGCAGACAGUCCUGCUGAAAAAGGGAGUUGCGUCCUUCGUCGACACUCCCGAUGGGGACGCGCUGCUCUACGGCGCUUUUACUCUCCUGAAAAAGCUUCAACCAAGGAACAAGCCCAGUGAAGUGGCGGCCGAGUUGGUGCAGAUGCCAGCGCUGAAGGAUGCAAUCAUUGCGAAACCAAGGUCGCCGAAGACAGCCAAAAUUUCAGCAAGUACUUCCUCGACGUCGGCAGCCAGCAGCAGCAGGCCUGUGAAUUUCACUCCGGCGCCAGUUUCCAACAAGAAAGGCUCCCUCUGCCGCGCAAAUGUAGACAACAUGUCUGCAGUACCACCACCCGGGGAAGCGAAAGCCACUCUUCCGAGUACCAGCUCUCGCUCUUUUAGCUCCACCGCAGCAGCGUCGGCCACUGGCCCAAUUAUUGACUCCGGAACCGAUUCCCUGCUCGAAAGGCUGAUGCGAGCACGCGAGGAGCUGCGGAAUAAUAAUGGAGCGGCAGAACAGAUACCGCUGGUGAGCAGCCACGGCCGCGACGAAGAAGUGUCGCCACUAAAGAAGCGAAAAAUCGACUUCGAGGAAGGUGUGCUGGAAGGUGCGAACGAUGCAGCAACGUCAAGCGUUUGUGCCGUGUCUGCCCCAAGCACGACGACGACGACAAGUGCCAUUACGGUCGACAUUAGCAGUCCGGGCAGCUUAAAUCGCUACGAGCUCGCGUUUCUGGCCGCGCUCAGCGGGUCCGACUUUGACGGGGAAGGUGCCAGCGGCACGGGGCCAGCCAAGGCGUUUGCCUUGAUUCAAAACCUUCGCCGCGGCAUCUCCGAACUGCAGGUCAAAGAGCAACAAAAGGAAGUAAAGAAAAGAAACCGCGCAGCAAAGAAAAAAGGAGAGCCGACGGAGCCGGAGGACCUGGAGUCGGUCCGGAAGAGGUUGCAUGCGUCCGAAGAGGCUACGCAGUACAACAGAAAUGUGUACGAGGGCGACUGCCUGCAGCUGCUCCGGAAGAGACUAUCGGAGUGCGCUGGAGGUGACGCGGGGCACAAGAUAGUGACAACAUUCGACAUGUACACGAAGCUCGACGGCGGCGCUGACGCUCUACUCAAUAAAGACGCAGUAGCGAUGCGAAUUGUGGACGAAAUUGUAGCAAGAAAGACGGAGCAAGGCUGCGCGUUUUCACUGGACAGGAAGUUACUGGAGGAUUGUCUGCCACAGAAUGCGGAGAAAACAAGCAACGGGCUGAAGACUGUUCUCGCCGAAAAGUACUUCCGCGACGCGAUCGCGGCCCGACCGUCGAGAGAAGAUGUCCCAGUGGCGGGGAUGCUUCCUCCACCCUCAGCCAAUUCAAAAAAUGCGUUUCACCUGACUAGCAUCAUGCGGCAAAGGCAAGAGCAAAGCGCAAAGAGCAAGCAGCAGGAAGAACUUCUUGCACAACAAGCCUUGAAGAUGCAGCAAGAGCAACGCACCACUGCGGACUCACAAUCGUUUUGCGGGCUUUGUCCGCCGACAGGCCGCCUGAACCUGAAAAAGAAGACACAAGACGGGGAACAUUGGCUGUGCUGCGUCGACUUCGGGUUCAGUGGUUGGAUCGAGGUAAGAAAGUCUUUGGUACGCCGGUUCGACCCAAGUCGGGCGGAAGAGCUAGACAACCUGAAUGUGCCAAAAUCCGCAGCGGCGAAGAAGACGCCCAGGAAAACGUCCGCAAAAGCGAAAGCCAAAAGCUCCGGGAAGCUCAGCAGAAAGAGCAGUUUGCUGGUCGCGGACGAUGAUGAUUUUGGAGAAUCAGCGGACGUUCUGCCACCUGGGACGAAUAGCGAGCCUGUGCGAAGUGCAUCACACGGAGGUGCAGACGGGGCAGCGCAGCAGCAAAACGCAGCAAGCAGCGGAUCCACUACUAGCCAACAGAAAACAGAAAAGAAGAAGGUCGCCCGCCACCUUUCCCUCGACAAGUGGCUGCACAUACCGGGAAAGAACCCGGUCGGCGGCAUGGCGAAGAGCUCCUUAGCUCCGUCUUUUGCGGCGAAGAACACGACAGCGACAGCGCCUCCUGGUCGAGGUAGCAAAAUUACCGCAACAUCCUCGUCGCAGUUGCAUACGGGAAUCGCCGGAGCCGCUGCUGGAGCCGCUCCGGAAACGGCUGGCAAUACGACCUUGUUGACACCGGCUGCGGAAAAAACGGGGUCGGCAAAAACGUUUGCGCGGGACGUACUGAGUUCGACAAAGAAGAGACUCACCUUCGAAGAAGGAACGGCCGAAAGAGGUCCUGCGGUGAAGAAAACCAAUGUUGUUCGUGAGGAAAACGAAGUUGUCGUUAUUUCGUCAUCUUCAGAGGACUGAAAAACUUUUGGGUGUGACCUAUGCUCCUCGACUGCUCUGCUCUGCGACUGACACUGACACUGACUUCUGGGAGUAUCCAUGUCUUGUUGUCCUCUUCGUACAU